AUGCCCGACGUCAUCAUCACCGAAAGCCAGUUCAAGCUCCCUGAUGGGCUAGAGGUCUACCAGAAAACAUGGGCUCCGACGACCCCGCCGGUCGCAAAACUGAUCCAUUUUCAUGGUUUCAGUGACCACAUCAACAAUACUUAUGAUCUGUUCCCCUCGUUAGUCCGCCGUGGCAUUUUCUGCACGGGAAUCGACCAGCGUGGUUGGGGUCGGUCGGCCCAGACAAAAGCCGACCGUGGAAACACAGGCCCGACCGCCGCCGUCCUGGUCGACAUGGCAGCAUUCAUCGAGGCCCAGUUCGAGGUUCCGCCAAAUGUCCCGGUCUUUGUCAUGGGCCAUUCUAUGGGCGGAGCUCUGGUUGCCACGCUAGCCUCGACGCCUAAGUAUCAAGAGCUCGUCUCCCGACUCCGGGGCAUUAUGCUCGAGGCCCCGUUCAUCGGGCUCGACCCGAAACAGAAACCCAGUAUCAUUACCGUGUUCCUGGGUCGGCUCGCCGGACGGCUCCUACCGCGGUUCCAACUCGUCCAGCCCUUGAAGGUCGAGACGAUUGUGCGCGAUCCCGUCGUGCAGAAGACGCUCAAGGAGGAUCCCUACAACCACACCACCGGCACGCUGGAAAUGUUUGCCAAUAUGCUCGACCGGGCGGCUAACCUGACCUCGGGCAAAUUGGUGCUCAAUGAUGGCGUCCAGUCCGUGUAUGUGGCUCAUGGGACGGCAGACCAGGUUACCAGUUAUGAUGCCAGCAAGCACUGGUUCGACGCGCAGACUGGCAAGGUCGCCGACCGCAAGUUCAAGUCCUACGAGGGAUGGAGUCAUCUGCUGCAUGCAGACCUGCCCGAGAACCGACAGGUCUUUGCCGAUGAUAUUGCCGAGUGGAUUUUAGCGAGAGUGUAG